AGAGGCAGGCUACUGUCCCGCGUCCAUAAUUUGGAGUGGAGCGUCCAUAAUUCUAGUGCUGACACCCCGGACAGGAACAUGGCUAGCUGAUGUGAGGAGUAGUCCACAGUUCUGGGCUUAAUCGACGCGAGAUAUGCGUUUAUACGGGCCAAGUCGACAGACAGAGGGGGCGACGAACUCGGGAGGAUUGCUGGAUGGCUUGCAAUGGGCUGUAGUUCGGGGAAACUAGUGCCAGAGCCCCCGAAAGGCGGUGUGCACGCUGAGUACGUGAAAACAGUCUUCCCGAACGAUAACUACAUCACGAAGUUCAACGAGGUACCAAACAAGGGGGAGUACAGCUCUCCCUACUCCCAGGAAGGGGAGGGGGGACAAGGAGGCCGGCGGAAAAAACCGGCCAAGUACAGGACAAGGAUAGAUCCCCGUGUCCUAGCCAAGUACGACAUCAAGGCGUUGAUAGGACGGGGAAGUUUCUCCAGGGUAGUACGGGUCGAGCACCGGAUCAGCCGACAGCCAUUCGCGAUCAAAAUGAUCGAGAGACGGCCCGGGGCCGCCACCAUUGCCGAGACCGAACUUCACGUACUCAGGAGAGUUAGACAUACCAACAUUAUCCAACUCAUGGAGGUUUUUGAAAGUGACGAUAAAAUCUACAUGGUCAUGGAGUUAGCCACGGGUGGGGAACUCUUCGACAGGAUUGUGGCCAAGGGAAGUUUCACGGAACGGGACGCUACACGGGUGCUACAAAUGGUGUUGGACGGAGUGAAGUACCUCCAUAACUUAGGAAUCACACACCGGGACUUGAAGCCAGAAAACUUGCUGUACUACCACCCAGGGAAUGAUUCAAAGAUCAUGAUAACAGACUUCGGGUUGGCUUUCGCUAGGAGAGCGGGAGACGAUCUGAUGAUGAGGACUACGUGCGGGACACCAGAGUAUAUCGCUCCCGAGAUCUUGUGUAGAAGACCAUACAGCUGUGCUGUAGAUAUGUGGGCAAUAGGAGUUAUCACCUACAUUCUCCUGAGUGGAACAAUGCCUUUUGACGAUGAAAACAGGACUAGAUUAUACAGAGCGAUCAUCAAAGCCAAGUACACCUAUACGGGAGAGCACUGGAAGGAUGUCUCUGCACUGUCCAAGGACUUUAUCGACCACUUGCUGAUCAUCGAUCCCCAGGAGCGGAUGACAUCAGCCCAGGCCCUGAAGCACCCCUGGAUCACCACCAACGCUGCCUCCUCCAGCAUGAAGAACCUCCACAGGACAAUUUCACAGAACUUGUUGCAGAGGGCGUCCUCGCGGGCCAACAGCACCAAAUCUGCACGCUCCACGCGAUCCACCAAGUCCACCAAGUCCAACCGCUCGCUCAGGUCGGACCACAGGAGGGUCCAGGCGUACGAACUGGAGAAGCUGAAUCUGGAGGGUUGAGUGCGAUACCGCGGACUCUCUCACACACGGUCAUUCCGUACCACGUACUGUCGCCAGUGUUGCCACUAAGGAAUGUAGAUAAUUUCUACCUUCACCGUCAAGUGCCAAGUAUCAACCAUGUAUAUAACGUGUUAAAUCUAGUCCAUGAUGAAGAAAUUCCAACUCAAAGUCAUUGGAGGUCACAAGUUGAUCUUUUCGUACUCAGUGAACAGAAGUGUUGCCAAGGGUAUUUCCUCUUGUUAUAUUCUUAAUUGGCCAAGUCAUCAAAAGUUUCAUCAAGUAUUACAUCCAUGUUGUUGUUACUAAUAACAAGCACAAGUGAGAUUGAACCAGGUAUUUUUUUUCAUGACUGGUAUUGAAAUUCCGUAUUGUGAAAAACAUUCCAAGUGACCUUGUUCCCCUAAGUGCCUUUACACAUAAUCGCUGUCUUGGAACAAGUUGUUGAGAUGCCCAUGCAGAUUUUGUGAAGAUUUUGAUUGCAUUAUCUUGAAAA